AUGCCUAGCCCAACUCUAAAUCAUCAUCAGACUUCAAACUCUCAGAAUCAGAAUGGCGGUCCUCCAGAGCCUUGUCACGAAGUAGCUUUCCUAGGCCCUGUAGGCACCUUUACACAUGAGGCUUCCUUACAGAGAUUUGGUGGGCCGAAAUUCAUUCUAAAGCCAUACCCCGAUAUCAGGACAGCCAUUUAUUCACUUUUGGCAAAGGAUCAGGAUCAGGAUCAAACCUCAUCUGCCCAUCAAACCUGGGCUUCCGUAGUUCCUAUCCGAAACUCUACUGCGGGACCGGUGAUUGAGACGGAGGAAGUGCUUGCAGAGGCUGAGGUAGCUCGUCAAAUCCAUCGUUUAGAUGAUCAAAUCGUCCUCAAGAUCGAACAUUGUCUGGUCCGACGAAAGCAAGAAGAGGAUGAGCAAUUAUCUCUUGGGAGAAACUAUCAGCUUGUUGCCAGUCAUACACAAGCUCUUCAGCAAUGUGACCAAUAUCUCCGCAAACAUUACCCUAACAUCCGAAGACAGGAAACUUCAUCAACAGCACAAGCUGCCCGUCUGGUGACCGACGAUCCAACAGGCAGAACUUUAGCCAUUUGUUCACCUGUCUGUGCAUCAAUUUUUGAUUCACUAGAAAUCUUGGAUACAAAGAUACAAGAUGCUAGUGCAGGUGAAUAA